CCGGAGCGGCGGCGGCGGCGGCGGCGGCGUUGGCACUGGCACUGGCACUAACCGGGGCCAGAGACAGCGGCAUCUCAGACUGCAGUCCAUCCACCGCUGCCCCUCGGCCCGGCCCCCGCUCCGCCGCCCCCGCGGCCUCGGGCAUCUCGCAGGAGGAGGAGGAGGAAGAGGAGGCAGAGAGGAGAGCCCUGGGAGGGGAAGCGUCGCGGAAAGAGCUGAAGGGGGGGGCACUGCAGAGGGACCGAAUCCCAGGUGAUGACUGGAAAAGAUCAUGUCUGAAGUGCAGGGAACUGUUGAGUUUUCGGUAGAGCUGCACAAAUUCCACAACGUGGAUCUCUUCCAGAGAGGCUAUUACCAAGUGCGUGUGUCCCUGAAACUCCCGGCCAGGAUUCCGCACAGGCUGGUGGCCUCUGUCGGGGGAAAGACAGAGGACUCUGGGCCGAGCUCUGCCUCUGUCCACGAGAGCAGUGUGCACAGCAGGAUCUUUCAAAUCCUGUACCGGAACGAAGAGAUUGCGGUCAAUGAGACAAUGCACUUCCGAGCCCACCUGCUUUUGGAUGGAGAGAGGGUGGAGGAGGCGCUCAGCGAAGUGGACUUUCAGCUCAAACUGGACCUGCAUUUCACCGACAGCGAGCACCAGCUGAGGGAAGGCGUGGGGGUCCCGGCCAUCAGCAGCCGCACGCUGGGCCUCCACCUGCACCCCAGGAGGGGCCUGCACCACUACGUUCCAAUCAUGUUCGACUAUUUCCACCUGUCGCUGGUCUCGCUCACCGUGCACGCCUCGCUGGUGGCCUUGUGCCAGCCCCUGAUCAGCUUCACCCGGCCCGGGAAGGGGUCGUGGCUGGGAAAGGGCGGCGCAGAGGCGGGACCAGAGCAGUCUGGCAUGUCCUUGGAGAGCCUGGUGUUCGGCGCUGGAUACUGCAAGCCUGCAGCCUCAGAGGGCAGUUUUUAUGUUCCCUCUGAGCACUGCUUGCAGCGGGCCUACGAGUGGCAUAGGGGCCUGUGCCGCCUGCUGCUGGGUGCCCACAAAGGGUUGCAGUCCUACUUCUCCAGCAUCAUGAAGGCCGUCCCUGCCUUAGAGCAAAGCUCACUGGAGGAGAUUGCCGUUGAAGAGACAUUAUCACAACUUUGUGCGGAGAUACAGAGGGUGAAUGAUCCGGAGAGGCUGGCUGAACAGAUUGGUAGAGACCUAGCCUGGCUCUGCUCCCGCCUGCUGGCGCUGUGGACCCAGCUCCUGGCCGCGGUGUCCCUGCAGCCGGCCGUCACGGCCCACCUCACCCAGGAGCACCACACCCUGCGGGUGAGAAGAUUUUCAGAAGCUUUUUUCUACACAGAGCAUGAAAAGCUGGCAGCCCUGACCUUCCAGGAAAGCCUGAUCCAGAGUCAGAGCCAGGUUUCCAUGGACUUACGCAGCUCAGAAUACCUGACCAGCAUGCCUCCUCUGCCGGUGGAGUGUCUGGACAUCGACGGAGACUGGAAUACGCUGCCGGUCAUCUUUGAGGACAGAUAUGUGGACUGCCCUCAGAGAGGUCCGAGCCUGGAUGUGCUCCCUAGAAUCAAUGCUCCAGUCAUGAAGGAUGAGAGCCAAGUGACCCACGUAGCCAGUCAAGCUGAGGAACUGGCAAUUGGUACCCAGGCAACCGGCAGAGCGGGCUUCAGGGAAGAGUCGACGACAGCCCUUGACCAGAGGGAGGAGGGCAGGACUCCGGCUGACCAGCCCCGUAUCUUCCAGGACGCGGACGUGCAGGAGUUCACUGUUAGGGACUCGGACCAGCGCACGGACCCUCAGGCUUGCCAGAUGAUCUCCGAGAUGCAGUCGGCUGGAGAAAGUCCCGCCGGGCCCGGCCCUCAGCUGGCUGACACGGGCAGGAGCCCGGAGGAGGAGCCUGCCAGCCAGGGUGGCAGCUGGGGUACGGCACUGAGGCUGGCCGACGGGAGGGCUGCCCCAGGCGCGGGGCAGCUUGCGGGGGAGCCUGUCCUCAUCAUCAGUGUUUUGCCUGAGGGCGGGCCCCCCGGGAAUCACGGUGCAGUGAUCGGGGCCGGCCCAGUGGCCACCGAGAAAGCCGGCAACCCUGCCGGGCCGUGGAUCUGUGAAUCAGGCCUCCUGACACCACCCGUAGGGCUGCAUGAACAGGUGGCUCCGCUAGCACCAACGUCACUGGACCAGCCAGCCCCGUUGGCCCCAAAAGACUCGGUGGAAGUGGAGUCUCUCCCCCGUGACCGGCUCCAUGCCAACCGGGAAGAAUUCUCGCUGCCAUCCAGCAGCAUCAAGAGGUCAUCCUCGCUGAUCUCGGACUCGGGCAUCGAGAGCGAGCCCAGUUCAGCGGCCUGGUCCGACGCCCGCAGCCGGAUGCUUGGCACACCUGGGGACCGGGAGGCUCUGCCCCAGCUGGCACGGAGGCGCGGGGCCCACAGGAACUCCUUGGAGGGGGCAUGCACGGACAGCAAUGUCAGCCUGCCCAGCGGCACCCAGGCCUCCCUCACCUCCAUCAGCUCGCUGCCCUUCGAGGAAGAGGAGCGGGAUGUGGCCGUGGCCAAGCUGACCAAGUCGGUCUCGGCCCCGCAGAUCAGCAGCCCCGAGGAACCGGCAGAGGACCCCGAAGAGAUCGAGAGUGGAGGAGAGACCCCAGGGGCCGCUGGAGUCUGGCAGCAGGGGGAGGCUGGCAGGACUGGCUUCCCUUGUGGCCCCGCCCGCCUCCCAGCCGCCUGGGCAGGUGCCAACUUCGAAAUGGCCGACCACCAAGGGGAUGUGGAUCCUGAUGACCCUGAGAGUGGUGGUCCCAUCGACAUCUUACAAGUCAGAGGCCUCCAGUGUCCCCCGGAGGGGCCCGGCCACUCAGACCGGAUAGAGUCAGCGGCCCAUCGAGCCUGUGUCGUGGGACCUGGGGCCCAGGGGCUCAGUCUGGAGGCCCUGAAUGCAAGCAGUUGGUCGGGUUCUGAGGCCGGCCGGCUGGGGGAUCAUGGCCAGGACCCCACAGAGGCCCGGGACAUUGUGCCUGCAGACUGGCCUCUUGGCCGAGUUGAUUUUCCCAACCCUGGCAUAGCCGACACAGUGGAUUUCUCCCACUGGGAUGGCCAACAGUCUAGCGAGAACCCCACAGAAGACACAGCUAUUGAGGGGACACCCACUCGGGAAAUGGGGGACAAUUUGUCUCUCAGUGGCCUGUCAGGGAUGGGGGAGGGGGUUGAAGCCUUACAGGAGAUUGAACUGGGUGAAAGUCCUGUGGCCAAUGAGGCGAUAGCUCUCCCUGAUACAGAUUCUCAAGACCAGUGGGCAGUAGCCCAUCCUGGUCCAGAUUACCAAGACCCCAAACAUCCCUCCAAUAGUAAUGGCAUCCACUGUGCCCCUGGGGAGACUUUGACCCCUGGAGGCCGGCGGGCCCCGGAAGUGGCUAAUCUGUCUCUGUCUUGCACAGCCACGUGUCUCCCUUUCUCCUCCACACUCACAGAGGUCCCUGCCGCAGCCGGCUUUGUAGCCAAACAGGCGCCGUUCCCAAUUACCCACCAGCCCCUGGGCUCUUUUGGAGCCGUCUCUUGCAAUGCUGGCAGCCCAGCCGAAGACAUCAACGAGAGGAUGUGUAGUUUCUAUCAGGCCAAAGAGAAAUUUAAAACCGAACUGAAGAUUGAAGGUUCUCUGUACAGUGACUUAUCUGUACUAGCCUCUGAUAUACCGUAUUUUCCACCAGAGGAAGAGGAAGAGAAUUUGGAAGAGGGCAUUCACCUGGUGGUCUGUGUCCAUGGGCUGGAUGGAAAUAGCUCUGACCUCCGGCUGGUCAAGACGUUCAUCGAGUUGGGACUCCCGGGGGGCAAGCUGGACUUCCUGAUGUCAGAGAGGAACCAGACAGACACUUUUUCUGACUUUGACACGAUGACAGACAGAUUGCUGGAUGAGAUCAUCCAGCACAUUCAGCUGUACAGCCUCUCCAUAUCCAGGAUCAGUUUCAUCGGUCACUCCCUCGGGAACAUCAUCGUCAGAUCUGUUCUCACAAGGCCUCGCUUCCGGUGUUACCUCAGCAAGCUGCACACCUUCCUGUCUCUGUCUGGGCCCCACCUGGGAACCCUGUUCAACAACAGCACUCUGGUUAGUACAGGUUUGUGGCUUAUGCAGAAGCUGAAGAAAUCUGGUUCCUUGUUACAACUGACCUUCCGGGACCACACGGACUUGCGCAAAUGCUUCUUGUACCAACUGAGCCAGAAAACAGGUCUCCAAUAUUUUAAAAAUGUUGUGCUGGUCGCGUCUCCUCAGGACCGCUAUGUGCCAUUCCACUCAGCGAGGAUUGAGAUGUGCAGGACGGCCCUGAGGGACAGGCAUACCGGCCCAGUCUAUGCAGAGAUGAUCCAUAACCUGCUGCAGCCCCUGGUGGAGGCCAAGGACUGCACGCUGGUGCGGCUCACCGUGUUCCACUCCCUGCCCAGCACCGCCAACACCCUGAUCGGCCGUGCCGCCCACAUCGCCGUGCUCGACUCCGAGCUCUUCCUGGAGAAGUUCUUCCUGGUGGCUGGGCUCAACUACUUCAAGUAGCGGUGGAGCAGCCCGUGGUGGUGGGGUGGGGGUGAGGGGUGUGGUGCUCGGGGGGUGACCGGAAACUCUGGGACUCGGGCUCGGGGGACCAUGACAGGGCCCUCUGGCCCGAUCUCCCAGCUGUAGCCGCCUGUCUCCCCCUGCCCCCUUUGAGAGGGGAUCUCUCCUUCACUUCCCAUUUGGGGUGGGGGACGCUGAAACCCCUCUCCCAUCUCUGGCCCAGCUAUGGGGUCUGGGGCAGCUGGACCAGCCCCAGUAUCAUUACGAUUUUAGUUUCGGGUGUGUCCAGCCCCUGGGGCUCCCUUCCAAGGGGCAUUUUGGGAAACUAUGGAGGCUGGGGAGCAAGCAGGUGAAUCAUCCUGUUGGGGAGAGGGACACUGCACUGGGUGCCCAUCGAGGGCAGCCCAGGACAUGACUCUGCUCUCCCUUCUCCUGUUCCCUCAUCUGGGGGUAAGAUCUGGGCGGCAAGCAUCUUGAAACUCAGGGUAUAACUCACCCCUUGCGGGCAGAGAGGGAUCGUAUUUAUGUGAAGCGAGUCCCUGAUCCCGGCACCUGUACCACUGGGCUCAAGGAAGUUGGUUGUCACCAGUGUUUCAUCACAGCUCUGGGGAGUGGGAGGGAGGAAAGGAGGGAGACAGAUAUGGGGAAAAGUGAGUAUGGACCUUGUUGGGCUGUAGGAGUUGAAGAACCCCAGAUAACAUAGGAGAAGGAAGAGAGGCAGGAGAAGGAAGAGGAGGAGGACGAAGACAAGGAGAGAGCAUCUUAGAGUUGGGAGUUACCACUGCUUCAUCGAUGGCCUUUUCUCCUGGUCAAAUUCAUGGUGUACAUCAUUUGAGUUUUUACAAGUAAAUUUUGCAAUUAAUCCACAUUGAUCUUCUCUACUGACUGCCUGUUGCUGCCCUAAGAGAGCUUACUGUGGUCAAUAUUUGCUCAAGACAAAUCUCAAGGCCACGGCUCCAGCUAAGGCCAUGGCAGGGAAAUCUGCUCCUAUGGGAGCUGUGGGGCAGGUGUCCCCAGGCGAAUGAUGGCUCAGCCACCCACCAAGGGAAGCAGAGUGCUGCUGAUCACCUUGUUCCUUUUGGGAGAAGAGUGGUUCUGCCUGUGGUGCUUUGGUGGCAAGGAGGGGCUGGAACCUGGUGCUGGGAAGGAGGGAUGUGGGGCACUGACUAAAUGAACCUCAUUAGUGGUCCCUGCAAUGUGAGCAGGACAGUUCCAGACUUGCUAGUGUUGCCAAGAGAGAAAGUGGGGUUCUGGGCCUUCCUUGAGAGCAGAAUCAGAACUGAGGCCCUUUUGCAUACGAGGCUGCCUCCCUCCCUCCCUCUAUCUGUCAGUUUGUCUUUACCUCCAUCUGUCCUUCCCUCCCUUCCUCUCCCCAUCUGUCUGUCUAUCCCUCUCUUCACCCUCCCUCUCUUAGGAGAAGUUGCUUAUUGCAGAUGCCCUGGACACAAGGGCUCAGGUCUGUGUGUCCCCGAGGGAAUUUCUAGGAAAUGGCCAUCCUGGGCAUCAGCAUUAGAGCUUGCUCAGAGCAAACUGGACAGAGAUUGUGCCAAAGUCUGGGAGAAAGAAAGGACAUCCAUCUGAUAUCUCUCAGGCAUAUUCUGACUUUGGAUUCAGCCAAAGAUUCACCAGCCAUAGAUGAGUCCUGGUUGAGUUUCUCUAGCACUCCGAUGGGUGUCUUGGGGUAGCUUUUGGAGGAACUAGUGUGGAUUGCAUCCUUCUCACCUGCUUCCCUCCGGGGAGAGGUGACAUAGGAGCAGGAGCGAGCCCAUAGCCAGUAGCCACAUUGGCAGGCGGCCAGGUCGGCAAGUCUUCUCCAGGGAACAGGCUUUGCCUUUUCACGCGGAGGGAGUCAGCCCCGACCUCUAGCACCUCUUAUCUUUGGAAGGGUCUUGCAGUUAUGGCUGUGGGGCCCUGGUAUGUCCAAGGAAUGGGUUUUCACCCACUGUCCAGCAACAGCCCAUCGUUAGUCUUUUCUGGAGACGCCAUCUCUGGACAGUUCUGGUGGGUCAAAUCUGAGUAGUGGACAGAUGUGCUAGCUCUAUCAUUCCCGUGAAUGUCAAGAAAUUGAAUGUCACCAUUAUCAACUCCUCUCAGUCCUAUUUGAAAAGGCUCUUUUCUAUUUAUAUCGGAAUAUAUAGAAGGCUAUAUGUCCAUAUCAUUAUGUAAAUGUAAGAAUUAUAUAUUACGAAUUCUAACACUUCAGAGCAAGAUCCGUGUCUAAGUAGUGGUCUGGCAUCUUUGUUACAGUAAUGAGAGUUUUUCUCCUAGAUUUCCCAACACUAAUUAGCAUCCAUAAAGACUAGUGUCCCUGAAAGUAACUAGAAUUUUGUCCAAGCCAAACUGACCAGGGCAUGUAGUGUGGAGGCUGCAUCAGUCACCUUCAGCUGGGGAUGGGGGGUGGGGUUUGGUGUCGGAGAAAGCAGUGUAGGUCUACUAUGGUGUCCUUUAAAGGUGAUUUAUUUGGCUGGCAUGCCCAGAAGAUGGAAGGAUUCCUGCGAUUGAUGCUGAGCAUCCCCCCUCCACCGACUAUGGAGGGGGCGCAGUGGAACCCGUGGCUCAUGGAGAAGCAGAAAGGCUGAGCUGGGGGAUUGGAGGAGACUCCAGUGAAUAGAAAUGAGCAGCUGAAUUUGGCAAGCACACCAGGCCGGGCUCCCAUGAUGAUGUAAACCCUGUAGCUACCAUUGCCAGAAAGACUGUGCUGUGAGGCCAAAGAAGCACCGGCAUCGAGUUGGGCCUGAAAGAACUGGCCUGGGGCUUGGCUGCCCCUCCACAACAGCAAGGUGCCGGCCAGCUGUGCUAUCAGCCUGCUGCCGGCCUUCCUCCCAUCCUGCUCCUCCGGCCCCUCCCACCUCACUCCUUCCAUCCUACCCUUCCUAUCCCACUUCUCUCACCCGACUCCUACCUCCCAGUCCUUCUGCUCCUCCCACCCCUGCUCCUCCCUCUCUUCUUGUGGGUGGGUCUUGGUCCCUCCCCUUUUCAGAGGUUCUCAUUUCUUCUCCGAAUGAUUGUGAAAUAUUUGGUGUCCAAUCAAUCAUCAAUUAGCUGAAUUUAUUAGUACCUGUAGGGUGCAGUGCACUGGAUUGCACAGAGCACUGUUCCAGUGUUUGCACUUUUCUAAGAAUAGAAACUAACUACCUUCCCUCUUCCACUUGACCCUUCCACCAAAUCUUUGGGCCGAGUAGGGGAGAUGGACUCCAAUAAAUUAAUCAAUCAAACGUUCAUAUUUAUUGAGUACUUACUGUGUGCAGGGCACUGUACUAGUGCUUGGGAGAGUACUUGUAACAGAGUUGGUAGACGUUCCUUGCCCACAAUGAACUUACAAUCUAGAGGGGGCGCUUAUAGACUUAAUCUCCUUCCUCAGAAGGGGGCUACAGUUAUGGACUUGGCAUUUAGAUCUUUAACCUUUGCUUGAAAGUUCCAUUUUGUCUCUUUCAAAGACAUGUCAUUGUGCCAAGCCCAGAAACAUCCUUGGAAAGGUUCUCUAGACAAGAUGUUUUUGCCUGGAAGUUCCCCAGAUUUCUGGGGUCACAUUGCAGCCCCUUGCCCCCACAGAAGGGUGCCCUGGGUCUCUGGAUGCCACCAUAGAUGACACAAUUGCAUGUUCCUGGAGUGUUCCCAAGCUCUGGGGUCUGAAAUCCUAGAGGUCGACCUCCACCACAGGGGUCCCUCUCUCAUGUCGACCAGGCAGGCUGCCUCCUUGAUGAUGAUCUAGCCCACCUACCUGCGGGACUAGCAGCCCACCUCAGCCUCCUCAGAAAUGCUGGCAUCUUGCCCCUGUGGUCACUGUUGCCAGAGACAGAUCUCUUACAUUGCAUUUCAGAAGGCCGCAGGUUCUGGCAGUGAUAUUCUGCUCUCUGAUCGUUUGCCAAGCUUGUCUUGGCUUCAGCUAAGGAUGGUUCAGCGGAACCCCGCUGCAGCACUGGGGAACUUCCAACUGAGCCUGAAUCGUUACUCCCGUUUCCUCUCUCAGCCCGUGCUGAGGGUCCAGUUUGUGUAUGGUGGAGGUUUGUGGGAAAUUAGAUUUUUUCCAAAUGGAGCAAAACUCGACUCGUGAGAUAGGCACCGCCACCAGACGCUGUCCUAAAGCUGACUUCUGUAGGUUGGAAAAUAAGUCGCAAUUUCAUUUCAGGGGUUUUGCUUUUUAAAUGAAGGGAAUUGAACUUGGACACAGCUCCGGACUGAAACAAAUUGGCAGUUGACAUUAAACUGAAUUCAGAAUAGAGGCCCCAAAUUCUGGUCCACUUUGGACUUGGUAGAGAAGGGGCAAUCAUGACCUGGAUAAAGUUUAGAGAAACCGCUGAUGGUAUUUUGUAGAGAGACUCCAAGGAAGCUUGUUUACCUGCCUCCUCUUUAAUUUGUUUCCUUUGCUCUGUCGCUCUGAUCUUUUUACGCUGGUUUCCAGGCCAAGUACAUGCUGGUCUUUGGCACAAAAGAGCAGAAAAUUCAAGUCGAAGAGUGCUUUUAUGGACAGAUCUUGAAACAUUAAGGUUUCUAGAAUAGGUUUAGCAAAUCUGGAAGAGUGCAAACUGUAACUAAACUCCAUAUUAAGGUGUUUGUUAGCGCCAAGCGGCUAAUUUAUCACUGGGGAAGGGAAGGAGUGUCAAUCAAUCAAUCAAUCAAAGGUGUGACUGAGCACCUACUGUGUGCCAAGCACUGCACUGAGCACUUGGGAGAGGACAGUAGAGUUAGUAGAUGCAAUCCCUGUACUCAAGGAGCUUACAGUCUAAUGUGUGCAGAGCAUUGUACUAAUGGCCUGAGGGAGGACAAUAGUUAGUAGACAAGAUCCCUGCCCUCAAGGAGCUUACUGUCUAGAUUAUAGUCAUGUCUAUAUGUCCCACUAUGAGACGUGAUCAGCUAUUUGUGGGGGAGGGGAUGUGACAUGGUUCCUUAUCUAAAUACGAUCAUGAAUGUAAAGCUUAAUGCCACUGUGAAAUUUUACCGCUUAUUUAUGAUGGCUAUGAAACCUGUAUAAUAAGACUACAAUAAUAUAAUAAUAGUAAUAAUAAAGUCAUCAGUGCCAAUACGAUUCUACUAUUUUUCUACAUCCGCUUUACUGUGGCCUUUGUGUGGCUUGUGUUACGUGUAAAAAAAAUGUCAAUAAAACAGUUUGCUUCCUUUUG